GUUUCACUCCGGAGUUUCCGUGGCUGUGAACGAUAGAGCAGCUACCUAACAACUACCAUUGUGACUCGACAGCGCCUCGUCAUGAGCCGGGGACACGCUUUUCUUGAAACAUUGUUGGUUGAGUCCCGGUAAAUGUCGCUCUCUUCGAUAAGCUUCCUUUUCUGUUACUUUUCCUAUUCCCCUUUUCUUCCUUUCCUUCUGGCUUUUGGGCAUAUGUUAAUGGACAUUGCGCCAUGCAGCCAUCAUUCCCACGCAUCGGAUUUUUAUUUCUCAUGAUGGCAUUCUUGAUCCAUCGAUUUUUUUCUUGUGCGUAUCGACUAAGCUAACCAACGAAGCAGAUACUUGAUCUGUACGUUGAGAUUAUCUGGGUUCGUGAUUGAUUUUGAUUCUCGGGGAAAACUUUGAAAGUGGGCACGUUGAUUUCUAUUUUUCGGUGCGAUUUUCAUUGGGUAUGGGAUAUUUUGAUGAGCUUUGGAAGUUGGCAUUGUAAAUUUUGAUUUUAUGAGGCAAAUUUUGGAAGUUUGUCGCGGGUUCUGAGGCUUAAGGGAAAUCUGGAAUUGAGUUGUGAUCAUUUUGAUGUAAAUAAAGGAUUUUUUAAAUGAAAUUAUCGCAGAUUUUAUAGUUCUGAACUUUAUUGGAUCUCUCGAAGAGGAGGAGAACUUUAAUUUUUCAACAGUCAAAAAUUGUGAAUGAAUUUUUGAUUGCGACAUCAAUAUGGGUUUUUAAUGCUGAAAAGGGUCGCCAUCUUUAUUUUCUUGGGUUUAUCGGAUCACAGCGAGAUCUUGACCGUUACAACUAACCUGGUGGAUUUAAUGCAAUAGUUUGUUGCUAGGUUGUUUUCAGUUUCGGAACAAGAAUGAAUUCAGUGGGAAGAGAGGUUUGCCUUUUAUUUUUCGUCUAAUUUCUUUAGAUAUAUUUCAGAUUGUUUAUUACGCGUAAGAAAUUUUUGGAUGCGGAAUUUUGUGUCGACUCAUUGUGAAGAUCAAGUAUUUCUAAAGCUAGGAAGUAAUAUAGGGUAAAAAAAACUUUUCCUGGGUGUAAUAAUUAAGAAUUAUGGGAUUUCUAAGCAUCGUGGGGAAUUCUUUUGGAUGUUCGGCAUCUGGGGAGCGCUUGGUUUCGGCGGCAAGAGAUGGGGAUCUUCAAGAAGCCAAAGCUUUGUUGGAGUAUAAUCCUCGCCUCGUGAGAUAUUCCACUUUCGGGGUUCGCAAUUCUCCCCUCCACUAUUCUGCAGCUCAAGGUCACCAUGAGAUUGUCUCUCUCUUGCUCGAGUCUGGAGUUGAUAUUAAUCUCAGAAAUUAUCGCGGGCAGACUGCUUUGAUGCAAGCGUGUCAACAUGGACACUGGGAGGUUGUUCAGACUCUGGUUCUUUUCAAAGCCAAUAUUCACAGAGCAGAUUAUCUUAAUGGGGGUACAGCCCUCCACUUGGCUGCUUUGAAUGGGCAUUCUCGAUGCAUAAGGCUUCUGCUUGCAGAUUAUAUUCCUAGUAUUUCAGAUAUCUGGAAUAUCUUAACUAAAAAGUCAAGCAACAAAGACUCUAUUGCAGAAUUUGAUGAAUGGGCUUUUCAUAAGGUGAUUAAUAAACGUGCAGAUGGGGGCAUCACUUCCCUCCAUAUGGCGGCACUGAAUGGACAUGUUGAAAGUGUGCAGUUACUCUUGGACUUGGGGGCUUCUGUUUCUGAAAUAACUGUGGAUGAUGGAACUACGAUUGAUUUAAUAGGUGCAGGAAGCACACCACUUCAUUACGCUGCAUGUGGUGGAAAUGCACAAUGUUGUCAGGUUUUGAUUGCCAGGGGUGCCAGUCUAACAGCUGAAAAUGCAAAUGGAUGGACACCCUUGAUGGUUGCUCGAUCCUGGCAUAGGGAUUGGCUUGAGGAAAUUCUGAGGACACGAUCACAAGGCCAGUUGCAAUUUCUUCAAUCACCUUACUUAUCUCUUCCUCUCAUGAGCAUUGUCAAAAUUGCCAGAGAUUGUGGGUGGAGGAACAAUGAUUCCAUACUGACAUGCGUAGACCCAUGUGUUGUUUGUUUGGAAAGGAAGUGCACAGUAGCUGCAGAAGGCUGUGAUCAUGAGUUCUGCACAAGGUGUGCCUUAUAUCUCUGCUCCAUGAAUAGCACCCCCACUGUUGCUCAAGGUCCCCUGGGCUCAAUUGCCUGCCCACUUUGUCGGCAUGGCAUAGUUUCAUUUGUAAAACUUCCUGGCACAAGACCGAUGGGUAAGGAAGUUGCAAGAACAAGUUUGUCCUUGUCAUUUUGCACGUGUUCAGGUGAGGGGCCAGUGCCCAAUUCACUGAGAACCCCACUCUGCAAGCCUGAAUUCCAUUGUGCUCCAAUAUCCCCUCUUGGAGCUUCUUUCCGCACCCUGAGCUGCCAGAGGUUUCCAUCUGUAAAAAUAAACUCUAGCUUUUGUAUGGGUGCUCCAGACACCAGUCCUUCCAUGGUUCCUUGCACUGUUGGACGAAACUUGCACAAUCACUUGGCUAGGUGUUCAAGAUCCAGUUUAAGACGAUCUAAUUCGCAUACAGAGAGUAGAAGAUCGCGGUUUUCAGCACUCAAUCAUUAUGUAGCUGCACGAAGUUGAUGUUAAAAAAAGUUGUUACCUCUCUCUCGCUCUCUCUCUCUCUCUCUCUCGUUUUCUUUAGUAUUAUACUUUCUUUUUUCUCAUUUAUUUUUCAGGAAAUGUGUCUUGCUUUCCUGUGGUUCAGUCCUCUUGUCUAUUUAAGCUUGUUGAUAAUUUUACUGCGUAUGUAAAUAACGGACAUUCUCUGAUGGCUAUUCAAUGAUUUCACAGGAUUUCGUCUUUCCCUUA